AUGCGCGCUCCCCCUCUCUCCCGGCUGGCUCUGGUGUUGGGCUUGGGGGCGCUGCUGAGGGCCGAGACCCCCACCGAGGAGAUGCCCAGUACCCGCGCUGUGCCGGGACUGCCAGCCCCAGGCGCUGAGGGGCUGAUCUUUAGCCGGGACUGGGACUGGGGGGACUCUGACCCCUGGCCGCCCAGGUGGCCCCGCGAGCCUCUGUGCCUGCUGACGCUGAGCGGGGGUGGCAACGCCCCCCUACGGGUGGUGGGAGCCCCGAGCGCCUCGGAGCAGGCCUUCCUCCAGGCCGUGGAGAGCGCCCGCUGGGACCCCCAUGAUCUGGCCACCUUUGGGGUCUGCAGCGCGGGCCCCAGCCAGGCUGCCCUGCGUUCUCUGCAGCAACUGGGCGCUUGGCUACGGGGGGCUGGGGGGCAGCGGCUGGUGGUCCUGCAUCUGGAAGAAGUGACCUGGGAUCCGGCACCUGCACUGAGGUUCCAGGAACCCCCGCUGGGAGCAGCCAGCCCACCUGAGCUGGCGCUGCUGGUGCUGUACCCGGGCCCGGGGCCUGAGGUCACCGUCACGGGGGCUGGGCUGCGUGGCACGCAGAAGCUCUGUCCGUCCGGGGACACCCGUUACCUGGCACUGGCCCUGGAGCGCCCGUCGGGGGCCUGGCAGGGACGCGGGCUCGCCCUGACCCUGCGCACCCGUCAAGACGGUGUGGCCCUGAGCGCGGCGCAGGCGCAGGAGCUGCUCUUUGGCCCGGGGCCCCGCAGCUUCACGCGGCCCAGCCCGACCCUGUUCCUGCUGCCCGCGCCUCUGCCCGCACCGCUGCCCGCGCACGGUCGCCUGGACACCGCGCCUUUCCCGCGGGCCAGCCCGUUCCCGGAGCCCGAGGAGACCCCGGCCCGCGCCGACCCUUUCCUGGAGACGCUCACGCACCUGGUGCGCGCGCUGCGGGGGGCUCGGGGCCCGGCCUCGCCGCCCGGCCUGGCCCUGGACCCCGGGGCGCUCGCCGGCUUCCCGCAGGGCCUCGCGGUCAACCUGUCGGAGCCGGCGGCGCUUGAGCGCCUGUUGGACAGCGGCGAGGAGCCGCCGCUGCUGCUGCUGCUGCUGCCCACGGCCCGCGCCGGCGACCCCGCGCCGCCGCCGCCGGGCCCCACGUCCGCCCCGUGGGCCGCGGGGCUGGCGCGCCGGGUGGCCGCCGAGCUGCAGGCGGCGGCCGCUGAGCUGCGGGGCCUCGCGGGGCUGCCGGCCGCCGCCCCGCCUCUGCUGGCGCGGCUGCUGGAGCUGUGCCCCGACGGCGCGGGCGAGCGGGGGGCCCCGGGGGAGCCGCUGCGGGCUCUGCUGCUGCUGAAGGCGCUGCAGGGGCUGCGCGCCGAGUGGCGAGGCCGGGAGCAGGGGCGCGGCGGGCCGCCACGGGCCCAGCGCAGCGCGGGCGCCGCCGACGGGCCGUGCGCGCUGCGGGAGCUGAGCGUGGACCUGCGCGCCGAGCGCUCGGUGCUCAUUCCCGAGACGUACCAGGCCAACAACUGCCAGGGGGCGUGCGGGUGGCCGCAGUCGGACCGCAACCCGCGCUACGGCAACCACGUGGUGCUGCUGCUGAAGAUGCAGGCGCGGGGCACCGCCCUGGCGCGCACACCCUGCUGCGUGCCCACCGCCUACGCGGGGAAGCUGCUCAUCAGCCUGUCCGAGGAGCGCAUCAGCGCCCACCACGUGCCCAACAUGGUGGCCACCGAGUGCGGCUGCCGGUGACCCCCCCGCACUCCCGCCCCGUAUUUAUUCCGUCCCCAUCGCGCCCCAAUAAAGACCCAGCAA